CUGGUCACAAAAUUUGACACCUGAUCUUAGCUUCCAACCACAACCAUGUCAGCCUUCAUGUCCAUUUCCCACAACCUUAAACCCUCGAUAUUGGUGUCUCCUUCUCUUCACCACUCUUCCUCAUUCCCAAUACUAUUGUCUUCCAAACAACCCUUCUCUCUCACUCAUCCUUUAAACCUCACACGAAGACUCUUCCUUCCCUCGGUUUCCGGCAUCUGGGACGCUCUCACCGGCGCCAGUAACAAUGCCCGUGAAGCCGUUCUCGCAAUUCGACGCGGAAUGUCUCUUUUCCGUCAGGGUGAUGUUUCGGGGUCUCUUGUGGAGUUCGACAAGGCAAUUCAGUUGGAUCCUCGUCAAAAGGCGUAUCUUUGGCAAAGGGGCUUGUCACUUUACUACCUUAAUCGAUUUGAAGAGGGAGCUGAGCAGUUUCGAUUUGAUGUUGCGCAAAAUCCAAAUGACACGGAAGAGUCCAUAUGGUGCUUUCUGUGUGAAGCUCAACUAUAUGGAGUGGAUGAAGCAAGGAAGCGAUUUCUUGAGGUUGGCAUAGACCCGAGGCCAGUCAUGCGAGAAGCAUAUAACAUGUUCAAAGAUGGUGGGGAUCCUGAAAAGCUGCAUUCUCUGGUGGAAGAGAUAGUGAGUAUUUUUAUGCUUCAUUAUAUGCUGGGCUUUAUUACGAAUCUCAGUAAUGAUUUUUCCAUGGGUAGAAUGAAAUAGAUGCUGCCAAAGUUCAUAUAGUUGCUGCAUGCCAGUCUUCUUAUGGGCAAAGGUUUGGUUUUGAAUAAGUACACAUUUCUUAGCCAGUGAAAAGAGUGCAAAUUCGGAACAUGAAAGGUGCAUAUUCAUUCUUUAAUACAGGUCUGAUGAUUAUAUGGCAGCUCUUUCCAAGGUUCACUGUCAAUGUCGGAAUUGGGUGUUCAACUAAAACUUUUUGCAGUGUGACCAUUGUUCACGAUGAAACUGCUAAGUGUCUCUAUGUUCCACAAACAUAUUGAGUUACUAUGCUGCUGGAACGGUUAAAAGAAUUUUUCAUAUUGCUUUAUUCUAUUACUUCUUCACUUGA